AUGGCGGCUCCCAGCAGGAAGCAGACGCUCCGGUUCCUGAGCCAGCUCGGGGCUUUUAUUCUGACCCGGUUCGGGUUCUGGAACUGCUUCAGCAUGCUGAUGCUGUUCGCUGAGCGCGCGGACUCUAAGAGGAAGCCGGACAUCCACGUCCCGUACCUGUACGUCGACAUGGGGGCUGCAGUGCUCUGCGCCAGCUUCAUGUCAUUCGGCGUGAAGAGGAGGUGGUUCGCGAUGGCCGCCGCCAUACAACUCGCUGUCAGCACUUACGCUUCGUAUAUCGGAGAACAGGUGCACUACGGGGACUGGCUGAAGGUACGGAUGUAUUCCAGAGCGCUGGCCAUCAUCGGAGGCUUCCUGGUUCUGGCCAGCGGGGCGGGCGAGGUGUACCGACAGAAAGCUCGCAGCAGAUCUCUGCAGUCUACUGGACAAGUUUUCCUGGGAGUCUACCUCAUCUGCGUGGUGUACUCCCUCCAGCACAGCAAAGAGGACCAGCAGGCCUAUCUGAACCACAUCAUCGGAGGAGAGAUCACCCUGAUGCUGCUGGAGGUGCUGUUCGGUGUCCUGGCUCUGGCCUUCCUCUCCGGCUGUUACAUCCGGCUGGCGGCUCAGAUCAUGGCCACCGUCCUGCCUCUGGUGAUCCUGCUCAUCGACGGCAACCUGGGCUACUGGCACCACACCCGCAAGGUGGAGUUCUGGAACCAGAUGAAGCUGAUAGGACACAACGUGGGCAUCUUCGGCGCCGUGCUGAUCCUGGCUACAGACGGUUGAAACAGAUGACUUUCACAGACCUGAAGCGUCCGUCUGCGCGGGAUGAGAUUGUCUCAACGCUGCCGUCGCUUAGUGACCUCUCAGGGUCCAAACACUCCGAGCUGAGACUGUUGGAUGUAAGCAGCGUCGACUGUCUUUGCUUUUGCAAGAAAUAGAGGGGGAAAAAAAAAACGAGAGCUUCCUUUGUCGCAGUUUAAUAAUUUAUUGAGACACACGUUUACAUUUUUGUCUCUGUUAACGCUCUGAAACACGACACUGAGUAUUAGUACUUUAUACCUACAAGGAAACGACCCUCUGCUUCAGACAUGAUCAGCAGUUUGAUAAUGUUUUUCAGUAUAUGAUUAAAAUAUUUCACGAAUAAAGGGAAACUGAAGAUUUAACUUAUGUGGUAUUGUCUAUGAAAUGGGAGCUGUACGUUUGGUAAUAAACUUUCAUUCAUGUUUUUAUUAAAUAACUCAGUUUAGUUACAAGAUAGGGCGCAAAAUGACAGAUUACUGUUCAUUCUUAAGUAUUUUAAAGCUUAAUAUCCUGUUGUUAUGCAGCGUUGUUUAGCUCCGUUGGUAGAGCAUCCGUCCCAUGUACGAAGGGUUUGAUUCUGACCUGCAUGUCAUUCCCCAUCUCUCUCUCCCCACAUUCCUGUCACUACUUCAGCUGUCUCUGUCAAAUAAAAGCUUGAAAAGCUUUAGCAGAGAUGGGGAAUGACGUGCAGCAAAGGGUCACAGGUCGGAGUCGAACCCUGGGUGGCUGCAGCAAGGACUGAGCCUUCGUACAUGGGGAGGAUUUUCUACCAACUGAGCUGAACAACCCAAUGAUACUCUUAACUUUGAUAAUCUACGAGCUCUCUCCAGUGUUGCACAGGGCAAAAAGCUGAAUGUAACUGCUGCCUCGUGGAUGAAUGAGCGUUUGUAAAUCAAAGAUCUGGGAUUGUCCACAAAGCUAAAACUAAUGCAAUAAAAUCCAACCUUUGUGGAGGACGGAGUGUGCAUCCUACGUACGAAGGCUCGGUUUUUACUGGAUUUGACUCCUGAGGCCUUUUGUCUUCCCGUCUCCGUUCAAACUCCUCCAUACAGUUGAAUCAACAGCAUGGACUGUUGUAUUACACAGCAUUAGUUUUAGAUUUGCUACUAAAUGAGACACUAUUUUCUUGAUGCAGCUGUUUCGGUGUAGAUGUUAAAUAAAGAUUUUAAUGUAGUUAAACCUG